AGCGGCGCAGUAUGCCUGCACCCUAAUCGGAUACACCUUGCAGAGGAACGGAGCCAGCGCAGAACUCCUCUCCGGCCUCAAGCAGUUGGAAGGUCACCUGAGUUUGGGGCGCAAGUUGUUCCGUUUGGGGAACUCGGUGGAGGCCCUGGAAGCGGCGAAACGCGCCAUCCAUCUGUCCGACCUGGUCCUGCGCUUCUGCAUUACGGUCAGUCACCUCAACCGCGCCAUGUACUUUGCCUGCGACAACAUCCUGUGGGCCGGGAAAUGCGGCCUCUCCCCGAAGGUCGACCAGAACAAGUGGAGCGAACGCUCAUUCAGGUACUACCUCUUCUCGCUGCUCAUGAACCUGAGCCGGGACCUGUAUGAGCUCAAACUACUGAUGGAGGCAGAAACCCGCGGCAAGAACCCGUCUGCCAAGCUCAGCGAGGAGAAUGGGGGGGUGUCUCGUGGCCCCUCCUCCCCCCGCCACCCCGUGGCCCCCCAAAUCCGCCUGCUUAUCCGCAUCUUCCGGAACAACCCGCCUCUCCUUCUGGACCUGCUCAAGAACACCUGCGACCUCUUCAUCCCUCUGGACAAGCUGGGACUGUACAAGACCAACCCGGGCUUUGUGGGCUUCUGCGGCCUGACCUCCUCCAUACUGUCCAUUCUCACCCUCGUCCACCCUUGGCUGAAGCUGAAGCCCUAAGCUCCGCCUCCUACCCUUACCCGCUCUGCCAGCCGCCAUUUUAACCCAAAUGGUUCUCUCCAAUGAAGGCAAAACCUGAAUAGAAUUGGUGUGACUUUUUAUGUUAAGGACUUUCAAAGUUGACCUAGAACCUAGCUGAUCUAGAACAUCAGUAGACCUUUAGCCUGUGGCUGUCCAGCAGUUACUAAACUAGAACAGAGACCAGAGCCCAAAGGGCUGAGGAUCAGUGUCAGGGUCGCGCUAUGUGCAUGGAUUUUAUUUUAAAGGGGAACUUAAGCCACAGCAGAGCCUUUUCCUAUAUGAAACCUAGUGAAGCCAUUUGGGAUCUGGGCUGUAGUCGCAUGUGAUGAUUGGACGGCCGGCUAUAUGUAUGCAAUGCCCUGUACUUGUGCCUGCAAGCAAUUGGCUGUCGUGUUGGGAGUUGUAGUUCCGCCACAGCCAAAGGACUGGGGAUCAUUCAGUAUUUGUAAGUCAUCCCUUAUCAUUGAAGCCUAAGGAGGGAUUCUGGGAUGUGUAGUUCUCUAAUACCUGUAGGGCCUGAAAUGCUUGUGUUUGGCAUUAAUUACCCCCCCCCCCCCCCACUCUGACUGCACUGUAUCUUUAUAAUUGUACCCCCCAGGGCCUCCUUAAUGCCACUUGCACCCCCCGAAGGUACAACUGCCCUAGCCACUCCCCUAGCCACUCCCCCAAUAACAAUACUGUAGCUCCGGCCUAACAUCGCCACCAUGAGCCUUUGCUAAUUUAAAGGCCAAGUUGCCCCAAAUGAAUAGUAAUGGUGCUGUGUAUCCGCCCAUUAAUACUGGGCUUCUCAUUGGCCGGUUGGUGGGCGUGGGUAUUGGAACAGCCAACAUGUGACCAUUGCUGUAUAUAAUGGAGCUGUGUCAUUCUGUAAAUACUCUUUAUUUGUUACUAUUUUGGAAAUUAAACUAAUAAUUCCUUUA